UGUGAAGCCGGAUUGAAACACACGCCUUGUCGAAUCAUUUGAUCUGAUUAGAUUUAUAUUUUAACUUGUUAAAACAUUUUUGAUAUUAAUUGAUUAUUCAUUUGGUGAAAAUGUCAGCUGUACAAAAUUUACUUUCAGUUGCUGGACAGCGUAUUUCGGGACAGAAUGUCCGUACACAAAAUGUCAUGGCAGCCUCUGCAAUUGCCAAUGUUGUCAAAUCUUCGUUGGGACCGAUUGGAUUAGAUAAAAUGCUUGUUGAUGAUAUUGGUGAUGUGACCAUUACGAAUGAUGGUGCAACCAUACUUAGCUUAUUGGAAGUGGAACAUCCAGCUGCCAAGGUUCUUGUUGAUUUAGCUCAAUUGCAAGACAAAGAAGUUGGUGAUGGAACAACAUCGGUGGUUAUUAUUGCUGCUGAACUACUUAAGAAUGCAGAUGAAUUAGUUCAAAACAAAAUUCAUCCAACAUCGAUCAUUUCGGGUUAUCGUUUAGCCUGCAAAGAAGCUGUCAAAUAUAUUCAGGAAAAUCUUUGCCUUUCAGUAGAUGACCUCGGUAAAGACUCUAUAAUUAAUGCGGCCAAAACUUCAUUGUCAUCCAAAUUGAUUGGAUCUGAUUCGGAUUUUUUCGCGAAUAUGGUUGUCGAUGCUGUGACCAUCAUUAAACAAUCCGAUGGUCGUGGUGGAUUUAAAUAUCCAGUAAAAGCUAUUCGUGUGCUCAAAGCGAACGGUAAAUCGAUGCGCGAAUCGAUGCUUAUCAAUGGAUUUGCAUUGAACUGCGUCAUUGCAAUGCAAGGAAUGCCAAAAUAUAUAAAGAAUGCAAAGAUUGCCUUGUUGGAUUUUUCACUUCAAAAAGCAAAAAUGAAAAUGGGAGUUCAAAUGUUAGUAACGGAUCCGGACAAAUUGGAAGACAUGCGUAAACGAGAAAGUGACAUAACCAAAGAACGAAUAUUGAAAAUUAUCAAUGCCGGCGCCAAUGUUAUUCUUACGACCGGAGGUAUUGAUGAACUCUGCCAAAAAUAUUGUCUAGAAGCUGGUGUGAUGGCUGUACGUCGUUGCCGAAAAAUUGAUUUGAAACGUAUUGCGAAAGCUACCGGUGGUCAAUUAAUCUCCAGUUUGGCUAACAUGGAAGGUGAAGAAACAUUUGAAGCAUCAAUGUUGGGUGAAGCUGAAGAAGUUGUUCAAGAACGAGUGUCCGACGAUGAGCUCAUAAUGGUGAAAGGAACAAAAAAUCAUAAUUCAGCAUCAAUCAUUCUUCGUGGUGCAAAUGAAUUCUUUCUUGAUGAAAUGGAACGAUCAUUACAUGAUUCGUUGUGUGCUGUAAAACGUGUGCUUGAAUCAAAAAAAGUCGUACCAGGUGGAGGUGCGGUUGAAGCAGCUUUGUCCGUCUAUUUGGAAACCUUUGCGACCACUAUUGGAUCAAGAGAACAGCUGGCCAUCGCUGAAUUCGCAAAAUCUUUGUUGGUAAUACCAAAAACUUUGGCCGUGAAUGCGGCUAAAGAUGCAACUGAUUUAGUGGCUAAACUUCGUGCCUACCAUAAUAGUUCUCAGCAAAAAUCCGAGCAUGUUGCAUUGAAAAAUGUCGGCCUCGAUUUAAUUGAAGGUUCAGUCAAGGAUUGUAUAAAGAUGGGCGUUCUUGAACCGGCUAUUUCUAAAAUUAAAAGCUUGAAAUUCGCCACCGAAGCUGCAAUCACUAUUUUACGAAUCGAUGACUUGAUUAAACUUCAAAAAGAUAAAGAAGAUCACAGAUAUGGAGGCGAUGAAUGCUAUGCAGGCGAUGAUUAAAUUGAAUUAUUUCAUUCGAUAAUUAAUUUUUUUUCUAAAUUUA